ACUCUUGGUGUGAAUAUCGAUGUAAAUUGCGGUACUUUGAGACAACAAUACGUAUCAUCAGAAGAAGCAGUUAUCAACCGAAGAGCGGAUAUUAUAAUUGUCGGAAGCGGAAUCAUGAAAUCGGAGGAUCCAUUGGCUAAAUUACUGCAAUUCAAACAGUGAGGAUUCAAUAGUUACCUCAAAAUGGUAACCAUGACUACGUGUUUUCCUUAAUCAAUUUUGAUUGUUUAGAUAAUCACAAUAGUGAUUGUAUUGUGACAGUGAAGCAAUUUCUCAGUCAUUCUAAUCGUCAAGCUAAUUCAUCAAAAAUGCUACGAAAUUCAAACUACCGAAUAUUCAAACAAUUAUCUUGCAUCAGUAAAUUGAUGCGAUUUAAUUUUCCAUGUUCAAAAUUAACUACCAAUCUUCCUCUCCAGACAAUUAGAUUAUCAUCUAGCGAUGGUAAAAGUAUCAAAGGAACUGGUAAUUCAGAGUCGGGUAAAAAAUCUGUAGUUGGUUAUGCUGUUAGUGAUUCAGCUUCGGGCAGGAAAAAGGUCAGAACCGUGGAUAUUGUGACGAUGAAGGAAAAGGGAAAACGAAUAAAAUGUUUAACAUGUUACGAUUAUACAUUUGCCACGAUAUUGGAUCGAACCAAUAUCGAUAUUGUUCUAGUCGGUGAUUCGGCUGGACAUGUAAUGCAGGGUAAAUCAAAUACUCUCUCAGUUACUUUGGAUCACAUCAAGUACCAUGUUGAAUGUGUCGCCGCUGCAAUAAGGCGACCUUUGCUAAUUGCUGACAUGCCCUUUAUGACGGUUGGUCCAAGUUUAGAAUUGACCUGUGUCAAUGUUGCAACUUUACUUGCUGCUGGUGCUGAAGGUAUUAAAAUUGAAGGAGCUUCGGCCACCCUGUGUAAACAAAUUGAAUUCCUUGUUUCCUCUGGUGUACCAGUUAUGGGUCAUAUUGGAAUGCAGCCUCAGGCGGUUCAUUCCUAUGGUGGUUUUAAAAUUCAAGGGAAAAAUGAAAAAGCUUCCAACCAAUUGGUACAACGAGCUAAAGACCUGGAAAGUGCAGGUUGUUUCAGUAUGGUAAUUGAAUUAACCGAUCCCUCGGUUGCUGAUAAAAUUACUAAAUCAGUCAAUAUACCAACAAUCGGCAUUGGUGCAGGUAAUUCUUGUGACGGAAACAUUUUGGUCAUUCAAGAUAUGCUGGGAAUGAACAUCGGCUUUAAACCUAAAUUUCUGAAAACAUUUGCCAAUUUAGAGGAAGAAAUUAGAACGGCAGUUAAUCGCUACUGUGAAGAAGUUGAUAAUGGUACAAGUGAACCAAUUUAAUGAAAUGACGACAAACAAUUAAGA